UCCUGAGAAGCCGCGCCGGGACGCCCCCAGACCCCGAGCUGCCGGGAGGAUGACCAUGGCCGGUGGCAGGAAGGGACUGGUGGCCCCGCAAAACACGUUUCUGGAGAAUAUUGUCCGGCGGUCCAAUGAUACUAAUUUUGUGUUGGGGAAUGCCCAGAUAGUGGACUGGCCUAUCGUGUACAGCAAUGAUGGAUUUUGCAAGCUGUCUGGCUAUCACAGGGCGGAAGUGAUGCAAAAAAGCAGUACCUGCAGUUUUAUGUACGGGGAGCUGACUGAUAAAGACACCAUUGAAAAGGUGCGGCAAACAUUUGAGAACUAUGAGAUGAAUUCCUUUGAAAUUUUGAUGUACAAGAAGAACAGGACACCUGUGUGGUUCUUUGUGAAAAUUGCUCCAAUUCGAAAUGAACAGGAUAAAGUGGUUUUAUUUCUUUGCACGUUCAGUGACAUAACAGCUUUCAAACAGCCGAUUGAGGAUGAUUCAUGUAAAGGCUGGGGGAAGUUUGCUCGGCUGACCAGAGCACUGACAAGCAGCAGGGGUGUCCUGCAGCAGCUGGCGCCCAGCGUGCAAAAAGGCGAGAACGUCCACAAGCACUCCCGCCUGGCCGAGGUUCUGCAGCUGGGCUCAGACAUCCUUCCCCAAUACAAGCAAGAGGCACCAAAGACUCCCCCUCACAUCAUCUUACAUUACUGUGUUUUCAAGACCACGUGGGAUUGGAUCAUCUUGAUCUUAACCUUCUACACAGCCAUCCUGGUCCCUUAUAAUGUCUCCUUUAAAACCAGGCAGAACAACGUGGCCUGGCUUGUUGUGGAUAGCAUCGUGGAUGUUAUCUUUUUGGUGGACAUUGUGCUGAAUUUUCAUACCACUUUUGUUGGACCAGCUGGGGAGGUGAUUUCCGACCCCAAACUCAUCCGCAUGAACUAUCUGAAGACGUGGUUUGUGAUUGACCUUCUGUCCUGUUUGCCAUAUGAUGUCAUCAACGCUUUUGAGAACGUGGAUGAGGUUAGUGCCUUUAUGGGUGAUCCAGGGAAGAUUGGUUUUGCUGAUCAGAUUCCACCACUCCUGGAGGGGAGAGAGAGUCAGGGAAUCAGCAGCCUGUUCAGCUCUCUGAAGGUUGUCCGGCUGCUCCGUCUGGGGCGAGUGGCCCGGAAGCUGGACCACUACAUUGAAUAUGGAGCAGCCGUGCUGGUCCUGCUGGUGUGUGUGUUUGGGCUGGCUGCGCACUGGAUGGCCUGCAUUUGGUACAGCAUCGGGGACUAUGAGAUCUUCGAUGAGGACACCAAGACCAUCCGCAACAACAGCUGGCUCUACCAGCUGGCAAUGGACAUUGGCACCCCUUACCAGUUUAACGGGUCCGGCUCAGGGAAAUGGGAAGGGGGUCCCAGCAAGAAUUCCGUGUACAUCUCCUCGUUGUAUUUCACCAUGACCAGCCUCACCAGUGUGGGCUUUGGGAACAUCGCCCCAUCCACAGACAUCGAGAAGAUCUUUGCAGUGGCCAUCAUGAUGAUUGGUUCACUUCUGUAUGCCACCAUCUUCGGGAAUGUGACAACCAUUUUCCAACAGAUGUACGCCAACACCAACAGGUAUCAUGAGAUGCUCAACAGCGUCCGGGACUUCCUGAAGCUCUACCAGGUUCCCAAGGGACUGAGCGAGCGAGUCAUGGAUUACAUCGUGUCGACCUGGUCCAUGUCCAGAGGCAUCGACACAGAGAAGGUCCUGCAGAUCUGCCCCAAGGACAUGAGAGCUGACAUCUGCGUGCACCUGAACCGCAAGGUGUUCAAGGAGCACCCGGCCUUCCGGCUGGCCAGCGACGGCUGCCUGCGGGCACUGGCCAUGGAGUUCCAGACGGUGCACUGCGCCCCAGGGGACCUCAUCUACCACGCGGGAGAGAGUGUCGACAGCCUCUGCUUUGUGGUCUCCGGCUCCCUGGAGGUGAUCCAGGAUGACGAGGUGGUAGCCAUUCUAGGGAAGGGAGACGUGUUUGGAGACGUGUUCUGGAAGGAAGCCACCCUUGCCCAGUCCUGUGCCAACGUCAGGGCCUUGACCUACUGUGACCUGCAUGUGAUCAAGCGGGACGCCCUGCAGAAAGUGCUGGAAUUCUACACAGCCUUCUCCCACUCCUUCUCCCGGAACCUCAUUCUCACCUACAACUUGAGGAAGAGGAUCGUGUUCCGGAAGAUCAGCGAUGUGAAACGGGAGGAGGAAGAGCGCAUGAAACGGAAGAAUGAGGCCCCCCUGAUCUUGCCACCGGACCACCCUGUCCGGCGGCUCUUCCAGAGGUUCCGACAGCAGAAGGAGGCCAGGCUGGCCGCGGAGAGGGGCGGCCGGGACCUGGACGACUUGGAUGUGGAGAAGGGCAGCAUCCUCACCGAGCACACCCACCAUGGCCUGGUGAAGGCCAGCGUCGUCACCGUCCGCGAGAGCCCUGCCACGCCCGUGGCCUUCCCUGCAGCCACCGCAUCCACCGGGCUGGACCACGCGAGGCUGCAGGCGCCGCCAGGGACCGAGUGCCUGGGCCCCAAGGCCGGCGGGGGUGACUGGGCCAAGCGCAAGGGCUGGGCCCGCUUCAAGGACUCCUGCGGGAAGGCUGAGGACUGGAGCAAGGUGUCCAAGGCCGAGUCCAUGGAGACGCUCCCCGAGAGGACAAAGGCGAGCGGCGAGGCCACGCUCAAGAAGACAGACUCGUGUGACAGUGGCAUCACCAAAAGCGACCUGCGUCUGGACAGCGUGGGGGAGGCCAGGAGCCCCCAGGACCGGAGCCCCAUCUUGGCCGAGGUCAAGCAUUCGUUCUACCCCAUCCCUGAGCAGACACUGCAGGCCACCGUCCUGGAGGUGAAACAUGAGUUGAAGGAGGACAUCAAGGCCUUGAACACCAAAAUGACGACCAUUGAGAACCAGCUCUCUGAGAUACUCAGGAUAUUAACUUCCAGAAGAUUCUCUCAGUCUCCUCAGGAGCUGUUUGAAAUAUCGAGGCCCCAGUCCCCAGAAUCAGAGAGAGACAUUUUUGGAACGAGCUGAGAGGUCUGCUGAAAAAAACAAGUUGAAGACAAAACUCCCUAUACCCUCCUGCCCUAUAGACACCACCUCCACACACACCUACAUGACCAACAACUUUCAAAGUAGGCUCUUCCCAACAGAAAAUCCGAGUGGGACCAGUCGCUGAGGCAUGCUCUCUCCUUUUCUCUGUCUGGGGGAAGAUCCGGGAAGAGGAGUGUGCCACCACCCUGCAAGAUGGUAGCUGCAUCUUAACUGUCUGCACAAUUUUGGAAGAGGAGGCGUGCCAUCUAAAGGGUAUUUUCCUUCAUUUUUAAUUUUUUACUGCCAUGAUAUUUGUAAAAGAUGAAAACUACCAGGAAAGAACAGCAGCCAUUGGGGAUUGGUGGGAGAGCACCGAGAACCCCUCGUGUAUAUUACCACGCUGGGCUCCUUCGCCAGGACCACCAGAGACGGUGGUGGACCCAGGAGUUCCCAGCAUUCCCUGCCCUUGGACAGCCUGUGUCUGAGGUCACCAUCUAUUUCCCUACUGUAGUCAUUUGUAACAAGCUCGGGACAAGGGGAGCUUGAGGGACAGGGAGGGGAGGGUAGAGCCUUUUGACUUUAUGUCUCUAAUGGUUAAGGCCGAAAAGCAGCUGAGGAGCUUUGGGUGCCUCCUGUAGACACUUAGAGCCGGGAAUCUUCAGGCCUCCUUUCCCAAAAGAAAUGAGCCGAGUGUUAAGAGCUGGAGAGGGGCGGUGGCGAUCCAGAGAUUCUCUGGGCUAUGGUCUGCACCCUGCUCCUAUGGGAUAGUGGAAGGGGAGGGCCCUGGAGGCCCCGGAUGAAUCUCUGGCCCGGCUCCAUGCCACUGGCCUCAUCACACAGGCCCUUUGCUUCUUUUCCUUCUUGACCUCUUCCCAAGUGUUCCUGUGGCAUUCCUCAGGGUAUGGGGCAUCGGCAGGAAGGGUGAUGAGCCCAGAUUUGCUUUAUUAGCAAAGCAGACACACACACAUGACCUCAGAAAAAUGAUUGUAGCGAGUGCUAUGUUUCUAUUAUGACUCUUGUUGGGAUUGCUCUAGAGAAAUCUGUAUUUUGUCCACAGCAUGGGUUCAUUCUAGGACACUCGGGAGCCAUGCUUGGCCUUAUUUUUAAGCUAAUCUCUUUAUCUCAUACUAAAGUCAGUAGGACUUCAAGAGAAACCAUGCGAUUGCAGGGCUGUGAUUGUAGUGGCUUCAGGAACUGGAAAAAAGAAAGAGGCAGGAGUUUCCAGACUGUAAAGUGAUGGAGAGAGGUGGCUGUGGGGCAGUGGUCCACGAGGAAGGUCUGAGCUUAGAAUGAUGAUCACGGAGCCACCUAUGGGCCAUCCAAGUCCCCAUGCCAUGAUGCUCGGGGCUCUCCACUGGCUCACAGUCCUCUGGGUUCACGUUAUUCGUGUGCUUGGGCUCCUUUCAGUGGUGUCUGAGAAAGGAAAGAGAGCUCUCCCAGACAAAGUGGAGAGAGGGGUCAGGACCCUACAAAUUGAUAAGUAAGAUUGGAAGUUCAGCUCUAAAAACCCAGCUUUGAGAGCGUGAAGUUAGGAGUGCAGGGGAUCUGGAUGAUUAGUGACAGCAUGGAAUCGUCGAGGGCACUGACCUUCUGCACAUGUGGUGCUGUGGCAACCCCGUCCUUGGCACCUCUGCCUGGCAUCGCUUUGCAGCAGAGAUUCUGGAUCCCGAUGUCGGUGUCCCUCAGUACUGAAGGGAACCUGACGGGUCAGGGCCCGCCCUACCAAAGAUAUCUAGUGUUUCUGAAAGCCUCCUGCCUGAGCCUGCCCGCUCUCUUUAGUCCUGCUCAGCGGCCAUGGCACGACCCAGGACUUGGACCUCAGUUGUCUGUGCAGAGUGGGGCUGUCCUCUCCUGGCUGCCAGGGUGGGCACAGACAGCCUUGGGGAGCAGAGUCUGAAAGGUCAACGUGAGGGUCCUUCCCCAGAGGCCCCACACACUCACGCAGCUUCUCCCGCGAGGCUUACAGGGGCGCCCCGAUGCUUCCCGAGGCUGAGACAUUAUUGGAUUCAGCCUCAGAUGAUGGCAGCAUACAAAGAAGAAGUGAAAUUUCCCAGGGCCGAGAGUCAUGACUGUUAAUGACUCUGGGUAAGCCGUGGGGCUUUCAGCCUCUUUAACUUGAGAAGCUGCCAACUAGUCUUCGGGGCUGAGGCUAUAAAAUAUCUGGAAUCCCAUCUGCCAGCUGCCCCUGAGUCGUUCCAGUUUGCCAUUCCUUAAACAUGCUCGUCAACCUGCUUCCAGAGUUUAGGACUCACUGCUUGUAAGGCAGGGCGAGGGCCCUGAUAACUGCAACGUCCAACUUCAGAAGCACCCUGCAGGCCCUUCCCCCCAGCUCUGCCUGAGGGGUACAGGUGUCUAUUAAGAAAUGAGUCCCCAGCUGGUUCUGAGGGGCAAAGAUGCUAAUGCGUGAGGCUUUGAAGUCCAGACCUGUUUUGGGGGGAAAAUAAUGCUUCGUGAAUGUACUGCUUGAUCAACUCCUAGGAUUCAAACUGGGCUAGUGAUGAGAAGCCCGGAUCCGCUCAUCUUGGGGUCGCAGGGCCUGCAACCCAUGCUCCUGGGGGUGACAGCGCACCACAGGUAUGGCUGUAUAUGCUUUUAUUCUUCUCCCCUUAAGGAUUUAAGGAUUUUAGGGAUUUUUGCUAUAAUGGUUUUCUCUGGAAAAAAAAACAAAAACAUUUAAAAAUGAGCCAAACCUUCUUUCCUUGCAUUUUUAUGACAUGCACUUGGCCGUGGGCUGCUUUGUACUAACUAACUACCUACACCGUUGCCCAGAUGCUGCUCUGGCUUCCCAAGCAAGAACCAUGAGCUUCAGAUACCAUUGACUCGGCCUUCCGCUUAUAAACCGUUAUCUGGUGGCUGAAGAGAGAUUAGGGAAACAAAAGGUAUUUGGGUAUUGGACCCAACCUUUAGACUUUGGAAAAGUUACGCUGAGAGAUGUAGAUUUACCUGAGCUAUUUUUCUUUUCGAGGGAAGGGGACAUGUCGUUAUACCAUUGCAGAGUAGUUGCUGGUUACUUGAUCUCUUACAUCAAUUCCUUACUUUGAAUGUCAUUCAUAGGGAGGCUCCAUUUCCCAGAGUACCCUGACAGGCUGUUUAGAGUAGGAGGUCCUGCCCCUACUACUUGGUUGGUUGCUGAACACGGCCACUCCCAUCCCCACCCCCCACCCUGGCUGGAGGUGUGGGAGUGAGGGGUGAAUCUGUGAAAUAAGACUGUUAACAAGAUGGAGUGCUCGUUCUUGGUGGAGGCGCCAUCUCCAGCAAUGAGUGCUGCCGUUCCAUAUACCUAACAAAGGCUCCCCCACCGGCUAUGACGAGAUUCCCAUAGGUAGGAACGGGAACCCAUCUGGUUGAGAAGCCUUGGUCCAGUGCACAGUCUUGGUAUCUCCACCUUCAUCCAUCCCCUUCCCUCGCACUCACACCCCCUGGCUUGAUUCUUUCUAAGACUUUUUUCUUUAUAUUCUGGACCUCAGAUUAAAUCUGUGGGCAAAGGGUUUGUAGCUAGUGGUAGGCAACCAAUGGCUUCUAAAAACUCUGAUGCUACAGCAACAUGGGCCCUGCGUUUCAAAGCUGUUCCCGUUUCUUGUUAUCCAAUUCCUGGGCUUGUUUUACCCUCAGCCUUCUAGAUCAUCCACUGCGCUCCUGCUGGCCAACCAGCAAGCCCUUUCCUGGAAUCCUCUUUCAGAAGUGGAGGUAGCACAGCUCAGAGUAAAAAUGCAUCCCAUCACACCACCCCAUCUAGCGACCUUCCUCUCCUGAAUCCUUAGGUGGAAGGGGAAAGCAUUAAGCCAGCUGUUAAGCUUUGUGCCCAAGCCUGUGGGGAGGAGGGGGGGAAUGAAUGCCUUAGAAAUGCCAGGUAGGUGUAGGAAGAGCCUCAUCUCCCCUUGCUGCCUUGACCACCAGUUAGCACAUGCACCGUCUGGGAAAUUUUAAGAGCCCUGGUGGACAUACAAGUGGAUGUGCGCUUGAUGCAUAUAGAUUGUACAGUGUUUUGCAAUAAAGAUGUUUAGCCUUAAGACCCUUGAAUGGUGCUCCAACUGUGAUGGAGCUGCCAACACUUUCCCCCCUCUCCUCCCUCCUCAUGUAGUGUUGCUUAAAGAGGAGGCCCACUGAGGGCACACUCAGGCCCCCGGAGAGCCUCUCUUCCAUCACUCCAUCAUUGUACUGCCUUCUUGCUCGCUUUGAUAAAAAUUACCUUCACCAGCUCUCGUGCCCUCCAACUGGACGAGAUUUCACCGUCCUCCCAGCAGUAGCUGCAGCCAUCAGAGACAGCGCCAUCUUCUCACCCAUCAUGUUCAUGUUGAGAUGUUUUCAUGUCCACCCCUCACAGUUCAAAAGAAUCAAUGUGAACUUGCCUCCUGCUUAAAUUGGUUUCAAAUGAAACUUCAUUCUCAUGCGAGCAUAUCAGACUUAUUCUGGAACCUUUAGAACUGGACUUGAAUACCCUGCAGGUGCCGGACCGGUGGGUGCCCUCCCUGCCCACCAUUCAACUUUUCUUAGAGCCACUGUCUCUUUAUCUGUGACUUCGGAGUCAGCCAACAGAUCCAUUAGUUGUUCAAUGAGACGUUCAUGGAUCUUGUAUCAGGAUAUGAACUGCUUUUAUGCAAAGAAAGAUGCAAACCUGCCCCCCCCCGCCACGAUGAAUGUAUUCUCAAUAUUCAGACGCCGUAUUUGUGCAUCUGUUGGAGACUGCCCACAUCUGACAUCUCACUGACACUGCGAGGACAUUUCUACUCAUGAGCAGUUUGUCAUUCUGGGGCUCCUCCUUGUAUUAACACUCUUGCCAUUGAGUCCUGCCAAAUCCUUCAUUGGAUUUUUCUUCUUCCUUUGCAUCUGUCACUUUGUCCAAAGGAGCAUGAAUCAAUCAACAGAAGUGCAGACGAGCCGAGACUACUUGCGUGGUCAGCUGAGUACGCUGACAGAACUCCAUUGUAUGACUGCAGCCUGGGGAUGUUAAGAGGGACAGGUGGGCCCCUCCAUUGAUAUUCCCUUCUCAAUAUUUUUAA